UCUCUCCCAAUACACUUGCUCACAUUCCUCUCAUACCGUUUCUCUUUCUCUCUCUCUCUCUCUCUCUCUUCCGUCGUCUCUGCAGAAUCACUCUCUCGCCGGAGUUAGAUUUUGUUUUCCUCGAGGAUCUUCGUAUUCUUCGGAUCAAACACCAGAGCAGAGACAGUGAUAGAGAUGGCGUCGAGAAACCCCGUUGCCGGAUUCGCUUUGUUCAGUUUUGUAUUCGCCGUCAUAUUUUCUCUCGCCGGGGCUCAAUCGCUAGCUCCAGCUCCUGCUCCUACCAGCGAUGGAACAUCGAUAGAUCAAGGGAUAGCGUAUUUGCUAAUGGUGGUGGCGUUAGUGCUGACUUACCUAAUUCAUCCUCUUGAUGCUUCUUCUUCCUACUCCUUCUUCUAAUCUCUCUCUCUCCCUUUCCAAGUUUUUUAUUUUUAUUUUUUUUUGUGGAUAAAAGUUUCCUAAGAGUCUGGAUUUGUGCGUUUUGUCUCGGAUUAUGAUUUUUCUGGAGAUUGACAAAGUCUCUACUGUUUCUUCUUCGCUUCUUCCAUAUUUUAUUUAUUCUUAUCAUUUCAUAACC